GGCCGUGCGUUGACUGCCGGAAACACGAAAGAAGAAGUACGGUAGCGGUCCAUGAUGGGAGGGACUGUAGCAGCGGUCCCUUAACCGUCCACUAAGUCGUCUGUCUGCGGAGAGCCUAGCUCGCUUUGUCGGAAUCGCAACUAAAUAUGGCUGAUCUUCAGGCUAAAUUUGAUACAGCAGCCGCUGAGAUAAAGCAGCUGAAGGCGAAGCCGACAGAUGAAGAGAUGCUGCAGGUCUACUCCCUGUUCAAGCAAGCCACCGUGGGUGAUGUCAACACAGGUCGUCCAGGGAUGUUUGAUUUCACUGGGAAAGCUAAAUGGGAUGCCUGGGAGAAGCAGAAAGGCAAGAGCAAAGAGGAUGCCAUGGAAGAGUACAUCAACCUGGUGGUGGAAUUGAAGAACAAGUAUGGAUUCUAAUGUCACAUGAUGACUGGUCGGGCAAAAUGAUGGAUGGCCUGAGUGCACUGGCUGAGACCACUACCAGUCUGUCUUCCUCUAAUUGUUGUGAAAUGCCUUCAAACCCAAAGAUUGUGUCCUCCGUAACACCUGUGAAUGCCUAGUGGGCUGCUUGUGAUCACAAUAUGGAGCUGGUUUGUAUAACUAUGAUGUAUGAUCAGAAACUUAAUUAAGAGUCCUACCAUUUCAACAUAAAAUCAUUAAUAUCUGAGUGCUGCGUUUGGUCUACUCUGAAUUUCUGAUAUAUUCUAGUUUCACAGAUAAUAUUUGUAUUCUUUUCAUGAAAUCAUAAACAAAACUUAAACUGUU